GCGGUUGCACAAAACAUCACUAAAAACAGAAAUACUUGGAAAUAUUACACAAAUUCUUGUAAAUAGAAAUUCACAAUUUAGUUAGGAUGGCGGACAUAACGGCAACCAGCGAAGGUAGUUCGAGCACCAGUGAGGCAGUAGUGGAGCAUCAGCAGCCAACUUCGGAGUUUUUACAGCGCAAAAUCUAUUUUUUGGUGGACCAAUUGCGAACUUACCAUUCGGAACUACCCGAAAACCUGCAGACACGCAUUUCCUACGAUCUACUCACCGAACUCGCCAAUUGUGUGCUAAACGAGGGCAUUUUUGUAAUAGUAAAAGCAUUAAUGGAGCUGCAACACGAAACCGAAAGACACUUGAUUAAAAUACGGAUGCAGGCGGAGAACGAGUAUGAAAUAGAAGUGGCCGAGUGGAGGAGCAAGAUCAAGGAUCCCGAGGAGCUGCGCCACAUAUUGGGACUCAUGAAAAUUAAGCACACUAAGAAACUACUCGAGUCGGAUACGAAGAUUAUCGAAAUACUAGAUCAAAAGGUUAACGACCAACAAUCCACACUUCAGAAGGCCGGCGUUCCCGGCUUCUAUGUCACCGAGAAUCCCAAGGAGAUCAAAAUACAAAUGUUCCUGUUAGACUUCAUUUUGCGUUUGAGCCGGCUAAAAUACGAGCCCGGCAAAUAACAGUUAGCCCACAAUCCGGAGAACACAAAAGACUGCACUUGACUUGUUUAAAUUAGAAUAUUAAAGGCAAUUAAAUUAUAACCCUGAUCAAAUGUC